CCUGCUUUAGUUUGCCAUAGUUGAAGUUUGAUACCAGUGUUGCUGGCGUGUUUGCCUUAUCUCUUCCCCACCGUUUGGCUGCCUUUUCUUGGCGGGAUUAAUUCUCCCGUGGUAUCCUUCCUGUUUACCCAUCUGUCUCACGGCGAUAAAUUCCAACAAAUAAACAUCCCAUCACGGAGAAAAGAAAUCGAUGGCCACACCCACGAAUGGCACCCUUUUAUCCGCCGUAACGACCCUCGCAAACACGUACCAGUCCCGUGGUCAGACGGAGGAAUCCCGCCGUUUGACUUCUGCGCUCGCGAAACUGCGCGAUGCACCGGGCGAUGACGCCAUCGCGACCGCACACACCCUCGGCAUUCUCGUCCUGACCUUCCUUGAACAUGGACAAUGGAAUGCCGCCGCCGACAUUGGGAAACUUGUUGUUGAUGCACGAGUCACCCUGCUCGGCUCAGAGAAUUCCUCCACCCUCACCGCGAUGAGUAAUCUCGCGGCUGCUUACUGGGGGCAGGGGCGAUGGUCGGAAGCCGAGGAGCUGGGACGACGGGUGACUGACAUUCGGCGACGGGUCCUGGGCGAUGAGCAUCCGCAGACCCUGUCAUCAAUGUCGAAUUUGGCGUCAACGUAUGCGAAACAAGGUCGCUUUGCCGAGGCGGAGGCGAUCGAGACGCGGUUGUUAGAGGUUAAGGGGCGGACGCUGGGUGAGGGCGAUCCCUCGACAUUGAGUACCCUCGGCAACUUGGCAACCACGUAUACCAGUCUGGGGCGGUAUGAGGAUGCGGAGAGAUUGGAGCGACGGGUUGUGGAACAGUGCGAGAUGCUCUUGGGCGAGUCGCAUACGUCCACGUUGACGUGGAAAUCGAAUUUGGCGGUGACCUUCCGCGAACAAGGGAAGCUGGAGGAGGCGAUACGGCUGGAGUCAGCGGUGCUGGAAACCCGUGUGGCUCAUUUGGGGAGCAGGCAUCCCCUAACCAUGACCUCCAUGGCGAAUUUGGCGACCUCAUAUCGGGAUAUGGACCGGUUGACAGAGGCCGAGCAGCUAGAGCUGAAAGUCACGAAGAUUAGUGAGGAUGUGCUGGGAGCGGAUCACCCGCAGACGCUGAUGGCGAUGGGGAAUCUCGCCGCCACGUAUCGGUGUCAAGGGCGGUUGGGAGAUGCGGUGCAAUUGGGAACCAGGGUCAUGGGGUCGAUGAAAACACAUUUGGGGGAUGAUCAUCCCUUGACCUUGACGGCGAUGGCGAACUUGGCGUUGGCGUAUCAGCAGCAGGGCAAGUCGCAGCAAGCGGAACGGUUGACCUUCCAGGUGCUCCAGUUGAUGCGCAAGUCAUUUGGCGACGCGCACCCCCAUACGCUGACCACGAUGGCGAAUUUAGGUGCCAUCUACCAGUCUCAAGGGAGAUGGGACGAUGCCGAGAAAGUGGCGGAACAGACCGUCCGCGGCAGAGAGAUGGCCCUCGGGAAGGAACAUCCGGAUACGCUGGCCUCGAUGGAGGAUUUGAUGCGGGUAUACCGCGUCCUGGCCGCCGAUCGGACGAUGCAACGCGCCGCCAUGCGAUAGCGUAGAUUGUGCUCUGGUGUACUGGACUGGCCGUGUGUCAGCAUUUAUGAGUUAUGAUCAUUUCCUAUCUCCCGUCGUUAAAUCGAAUUUCUCGUAGAACGAGCAUCUCAGUUAGUUUGUUCAUCUUGAAUUAGUAGAUUAUACUGGUAAAUCAACGUAACGAGGCGAGAGACCCAGUCAUGA